AUGGCGCCCACAGACUUUUUGCAGAGAGGGAUUGAUAUAGUGCAAAGGGCGAUUGAUGAGGAUGUGAAGCACCAUUACCAGGAGGCGUACAUGCAGUAUCAGAACAGCCUCGAUUAUUUCAUGAUGGCGCUCAAGUACGAAAAAAACGACAAGCUCAAGCAGUUGAUCCGGUCGAAGUUUGUUGAGUACUUGGACCGAGCUGAGAAGCUCAAGGAGCAUCUGGGCAAGGUGGCGCAGGCGGAAACCUCCGAUGGCGGCAAAGGCGUCGCGGGCUCCAAGAGCGAUUCGGAGGACAUGGAUGCUGAGACGCGCAAACUGCGAUCUGGGCUAUCGAAUGUGAUUCUGACGGAGCGCCCCAAUGUCAGCUGGGACGAUGUGGCGGGUCUUUCGAGUGCCAAGGAUGCCCUCAAGGAGGCUGUGAUUCUCCCGAUCAAAUUUCCGCAAUUGUUCACGGGCAAGCGCAAGCCAUGGAGUGGGAUUCUGCUCUAUGGACCGCCUGGCACGGGCAAGUCGUAUCUGGCCAAGGCUGUGGCGACGCAGUCGAACAGCACAUUUUUCAGUGUCUCGAGCUCGGAUCUUGUGUCCAAAUGGAUGGGUGAGAGUGAGCGCCUGGUCAAGCAGCUCUUUGCGAUGGCGCGCGAAGCGCGGCCGUCGAUUAUAUUUAUUGAUGAGGUGGACUCGCUGUGCGGUACGCGUGGCGAAGGCGAGAGCGAGGCGAGUCGGCGCAUCAAGACGGAGUUUCUCGUGCAGAUGAAUGGGGUGCACAACGACCACGAAACAGAGGUGCUGGUGCUGGGCGCCACCAACAUUCCAUGGGCGCUGGACUCGGCCAUCAAACGCCGCUUUGAGAAGCGCGUGUACAUCCCGCUACCUGAGCUUGAUGCGCGGCGGCGCAUGUUUGAGCUCAACAUCGGCUCGACGCCGUGCACACUCACGCCCCGGGACAUUCGGACGCUCGCGGCACAGACCGAGGGGUACUCGGGUGCCGAUGUGGCCGUGGUCGUGCGCGAAGCGCUCAUGCAGCCUGUGCGCCGUGUCAUGAACGCGACGCAUUUCAAGCAGGUGCGGGAAGUGGACGACGAUGGCACGGAGCGCACGCGCUACAUGCCAUGCUCGCCUGGUGAUCCUGAUGCGCGCGAAAUGACGUGGAUGGACGUCGAGUCUGACGAACUUCGGGAGCCGCACCUCGUGAUGAACGACUUUCUCAAGGCGCUACAUGCCGUCCGGCCCUCUGUGUCGGCGGCCGAUAUCCAAAAGCACCUCGACUUUAUGCGGGAAUCCGGGGCCGAAUAA